AUGUCAGUAUCCGGUUCGGAAGAAGAAGGUUGUGCCGCAGAAUUCGCGGCGCGUGUUGAAAAACAGUUUGUGGGUGGAGUGACGGAGAAUUUGGGGACUUCUGAGGGCGACAAUGGAAGUGAGGGGAUUGAGUUUGGGGAUUGGGAGGAUGUUGAGAUUGAUUGGAAUCUCCUUGAUAAUAGUCAGUUUUCUCCCAUCGAGUAUGCAGGAAGAAAGAUAACUCACUGGCUGUCACAAGAUUCUCUUGAACUUCAACCUUUUAAUAUUAUACAACGUCAAGCCGAUGAUCCCGUGCCGCCACCACAUGUACAGCAAGAUCUAUAUCAGAUAUAUUUCCGACAAGUACACCCGUUCGCGCCUAUGUUCGAUGAAUUACGGUUCUACAAGGCAAUAGAAAGAACCCCAGAUCACCCCCCAUUAAUAGCUCUUCGGUAUUCGAUUUGGGCUCUCGCAGCUAAUACGACAGUCGAGCAUCGCGCCCUCGCGCCUACAUUGUAUGAUUUAGCUCGUAAGCAUGCGGAUGAUCUUGAAACGAAGGGAAGAGGGGAGUAUGUGCUGUCUCUUGCCUCUGCUCAAUGCUGGUAUUUGAUAGCUUCAUAUGAAGCAAGUAACGUAUUUUAUAUUAAAGGUUGGAUGAGUGUAGGGAAGUGUGUUAGGAUUGUGCAGAUGCUUGGUUUACACCAACUGGAUGUGAACGGUGGUGCAUCACAGAACCAAAAUUGGGUAGAGGCUGAAGAAGGACGUCGCACGUUCUGGGCUUCGCACUUGGCGGAUCGAUUUGCGAGUACAUUGAGUAAACGACCAUUUAUCUUUCAAGACGUGGAUAGAUCAUUUGAUGACGACAAAGAAGAAGCAGGAAUUUCCUUGGACCAAGUGACUGCAACGCAGAGCUUGCAAGGACUAUCUCCGUAUGCUGCAACUGCGGUCGUAUCCGUCAUAUUCGGACGGUCUUUGCAACAAAUACUGUCUCGAAAGCGCGUUGGUGCUUCAGAUGUGCAAAAUGGCGAUUACUGGAAGAUCCAUCGAUAUCUGGAUAACUGGAUAUCCCAUAUCUUCAUGACAUUACCACCCCAGCUGGAUGUAUGCCGUGGAAUACAAGAUGCCACUGUUCUUUUUCUACACAUAAAACUUCACACCGCAAUCGUAGUCCUUCAUCAAUCGGCGAUAGAAAUCGCUGGAUCGCAUUUCCUAGAUCCAAAUAUCCGAAAUAAGUCUUUUCGCAGAUGUCUUGUGAGCGCGCAAGAGGUCAAAAAUAUCAUAUCGUCGAUCCCGGAUAUGAGAUCUUUCCCGAUUGAUAUGUGGGCGGGUUAUUGCCUCCAAUCAGCUGCCAGCGUUUUCAUUCAAGAUAUGACUUCGUAUAACGUCUCUUCAAAUAGCCCUGAAAAUUUAAGAGCGGUUAUGGUUGCGCUCAAGACUUUCGGUAUGAGGCACACCAUGUGCAGUUGGUUUUUGGAAAAGGUCGAAUUGGAUAUCUCUCAGGCCAGAGUCGGUCAAUUGAAAAUCCAGGAUUCGAGGACACUUGAAUCUUUCGCUCAAUUCGCUCCACUCGAUAUAUGA